AUGCCAACGCUAAGGAGGGCUGUCGUUGGUAGAGCAGCGCUUGCAGCGCUCGCCGCCCUGCUCAUGUCGAUGGCGGGCCUGGCGCAGUCACAGAUCAACCCAAGCAUGCCUUUGUACCAACUUCAUGGAUCAGGCACAUCUAAUCCCGCGUUACUUAUCUGGCGUGUCAUGGACACCAUGAUGGCCCGUACAAAACCCAAAAUCGCCAUGUCGUACCGUUCAAUUGGUUCCGGAGCCGGCGGUGACGAAUUCGCAGCCCUCAACUCUUCCGCCUUCGGCUGCGGAGAUGUUCCCAUCAGCCCAACUAACUUUAACCGAACUCUACAGCAAAACAACCCCAUGAUGCACGUGCCGUUCCUCGUUGGCUCUGUCUCCAUAUUCCACAAUAUCCCCGGCAUUGGAGAGGGCUUGUAUCUGCCGCCGUGCACGCUCGCGAAAAUCUUUCGAGGCGAGAUUUCCCAGUGGAACCAUCCAGAGAUCGUAACCAACAACACCCACCUGCCGGAUCUGGCCAAUAUAACCGCCAGCAUCGGAAUCGUACACCGAAACAACGGUUCCAGCAGCACGUACGCGCUUACUCACUACCUCAACAAGUCCUGCCCCGGGGAAUGGAGCGGCAAGGGCCAAGGUGUGGGUGUGACCAUUUCCUGGACCUCCAUCCCGGCAGCCCGCAGGACGAUGGUGACCAACUCCCAAACCAUGGUGGAGCAGAUCGCGACCAACCCGUACUCGCUGGGCUAUGUGGAGAGCGGACAGGGACUGCUGGCAGGGCUGGAGGAAGUUCAGAUCUUGAACGCCAACAACCUCACGCUCACCUCCAGCGACGCCGCCAUCGCGCCCGAGUCCUUCAUCGCCUCCCAGUUCCCCCUCGGCAACCUCACCACCGCCAACUGGACGGCUGUCAACCCCGUGUAUGGCCCCAGCGACGCCAAGAACCAGUGGCCGCUCACCCUGGGCACCUACUUUUAUGUACGAACAAAUCUAGCGUAUUUAAAUGAGACAGGCGGUCUCCUGAAGCUCUUUCUGUCGUACAUGCUGUCUGAUGACGUGGCGGCAAUCAUGCCGGAAUACAGCUUUACAGCACUGCCGAAGAAGAACGGCACAGAGACGGUCGACGGGCAGCGCGACUUUGUGUUCAGCUCCAAGCGGGACUCGUACCUCAUGAACACCAUGAGCACGUUGGCGGCCGACGACAAGGAAACCAAAAACACCCUGAAGCUGGGGGACGCUUACCAGGUCCACGGCUCCGGUUCCUUCGUGUCGGCGCUCAUGAUCCGCCACUCCAUGCGGGUGUUGCAAGGUCGGGCUCGAGUGCCCGUCAGCAUGACGUACCGGGCGGUGGGCAGUGUGGAGGCGCAGUUGGAACUGGGGGACGUACAAAACAUGUACUCGUCGUACAACCACUUCAAGGUAUGGGUCUGGGGGUUAAGGGAGGGGCUUCCCUUCGCCAUUUCCGCUCUCGGCAUCUACCACACGAAAUCCUUCGGCUGGACCGCCCUAACCCUCAAUUGCAAGCUCCUGGCCCAGCUAUAUCGAGGCGAGAUCAAAGCCUGGAAAGAUCCUAGGAUAUUUUCCCUAAACGGAGCCGCCGCCAGCUCCAUUGCAGAACAGGAAACGAAAGCCAGCGUUACAGUCUUUGCGAUGGCGGCGCCGUCGGGGGCCACCUACGCUUUGACCGGGUUUUUGACCAAGUCGUGUAAUGACGAUUGGCGGGCGCCGACGGGGCCGUUGACGAGUGUGGAGUGGGCAGCGGGGGUAAACACCACGUAUCAGGGUCGACCCAUCACCACCCCCGAGGAGAUGUUGGCCGCCCUGGCCGCCACCCCCAACGCCAUCGGCUACCUGCCCGUCACUCUGGGCGCCAGCUCGGGACUGGCGGAGGCGCAAAUGGAGGUCACCACCACCACCACCACCACGAAUAAGAGUAAUAGAAUGCGGAUCGUGUCGAAGCAGGCAGAUCUGGCACGGGCUGUGACGCAG